UUCUCUCUCUCUCUCUCUCUAAAAGCUAUUGGUCUCAGUCAUUCCCUCUUUCUCUCUCUUCAAACCAUUGGUGGCUUCAUUUCUGGUUUUGUGGGAGAUGACAACAGCAGCAUUAAAAACGACAAUAACUUUGAAACAAAGAAAGGCAAAAGAUGAAAAUAGGAAAGCUGGCCAAUCCCUUUAUCUCCCACCAUCCGUUGCAACUAAUUUGCGAACUCAAUGAGCUUGGAUGUACUAUAUAGCUAAGGGUCUGAUCACUUACCCGGGAAAAAUGACGAGAAAGAAAAUUGAGAUUAAGAAGAUUGACAACACAACGGCAAGGCAGGUGACUUUCUCAAAGAGGAGGAGGGGGCUUUUUAAGAAGGCUUGCGAGCUCUCAACUCUCUGCGAUGCUGAAAUUGCUCUCAUGGUCUUUUCUGCCACAGGAAAGCUCUUUGAUUACGCCAGCUCCAGCAUGCAGCAGGUAAUUGAAAGGCACAAUCUACAUCCAGAUAAUCUUGGCAAAAUGGACCAACUCUCUCUUGAGCUACAGCUUGAGAACGGUGCCUCCUACACCAUGUUGAGCAAGGAAAUUGAGGACAAGACACAUGAACUGAGGAAGAUGAAGGGAGAAGAGCUUCAUGGAAUGGAUAUAGAAGAAUUACAGAAACUAGAGAAAGUGCUUGAAGUAGGCCUGAGCCGUGUUACAGAAACAAAGGAUGAAAGAUUUCUGGAAGAGAUCACUGCACUUCAGCAAAAGGGAGCCCAACUAAUGGAAGAAAACCAACGAUUAAAACAGAUGGAGAAUCUGUUUAGCACUCAAACGCAUGUACUUGAACAAGGUCAGUCAUCUGAGUCAAUUACCAAUAUUUGCAGCUCAUUUGAUCCUCAAGACAAUGAAAGUUCAGACAUAUCUCUCAAGUUGGGGAUACCUUUUCCUAAAUGAAUUUGAAGUAUAGUGAAGAUCAAGAAGCAUACAUGGAUUCUCUUUUCUCAAAUACAAAAGAAAAAAGGCCAUGGCUAAGUAAAUACAAAUCCUAGCUUAGAGUUGUAAUUAAUUUUUUGUAAGACCAACUUGUUUCCUCCCGCUGAUUCUAAGAGUCUGCAUGUGUAUAUGGUAAAUUUUGGAUGCUUAAUCAUUUUUAUGGAUGAAUCAAAGGUCAAUUUGUUACAAUGGAAAAUGAAGUAGAGGGUGUUGGAAAAGGUCGAGUGUAGGUUUGAGACUGAUGGCAAGUCAUACUAUUGAUAAAUUGAUUCACAAUUCUGCAAUAGGUUUUGUUUAUCUUUGCGUGAUU